AUCGCGACACCUGAUAUAUUGCUCGAUAAAGUCGGUGUCGCUGAAAACCAAAGCUCCAGGAUGGAUGCAUGUCUCCAACUCGAUAUUGCAAUUUGUAGAUUCCACUUGGGAAUGAGGUCAAGGAUGUGGUCGCAGCAGGAAAGCUACUGUGUAUAUGCGCCUUUAGAGAAUGUCGAGCAGGAUGGACUGUCAGAAAGAGCAAACGAGGAGUGGUCGGAGGACUCGGAGCCUUCGGAAUCGAAGGCCACCCCCGUCGAUGGGGUAGAGGUCGAUGCUCCCACCACAGAAGCAGACGCCGCCGCCCCAGCCCCUACUAGUACAUCUUCCUCCACACCCUGGUACCUCGACGUCGAGCCGCCGCGCCACCCCACCCUAGUGCCGCACCAGGCGCCCCUCCCCGCGACGCCCGAGGACUCGCCCAGCCUCACGGAGCCGCUUAUCAAGUUCGUGGGCGAGGAGCUCGGGCUCGACGACCUCAACCUGCUCGACCUGCGCUCGCUGGACCCGCCGCCGGCCCUGGGGCCCAAGCUGAUCAUGCUGUUCGGCACGGCCCGCAGCGAGCGCCACCUGCACGUGUCGGCCGACCGGCUCGUGCGAUGGCUGCGAAAGCACGGCGUCACGGCCCACGCCGACGGCCUGCUGGGCCGCAACGAGCUCAAGAUCAAGAUGCGCCGCCGUGCCCGCCGCGCCAAGCUCGUCGGCGACUCUUCCUUCGACAGGGGCGACGACGGCAUCAGCACCGGCUGGAUCUGCGUCAACCUCGGCACCCUCGGCUGGAACCCCGACCCCACCGCUGAGACCACGUUGGUGGACGACCAGGGCCGGCCCAGCGGCUUUGGUCAGCCCAUCUCGGGCACCACCAUUGUCGUUCAGAUGCUCACCGAGGCCAAACGCGAGGAUCUUGGCCUCGAGAGGCUGUGGGGCGGCGUGUUGAAGAAGAGCAACAGGGACAGGGAGGCUAUCGAGCCCCGUGACAACACUGGUGCUCUCACUGGUGCUCUCAAGUCUCCAGAAAAGCCCCGGAAGCGGCGUCCGGGGCAGUUCCCUGACUUUGACCCAGCACAGCCCCGCAGCUAUAGCACAGCGGUGAGGGUGAGGGACAGUAUGCCCCUGGAAGAACUUUUCAAGACGGAUCGUGCGGCCUUCUCGCAUGAACUGUCAUACAGUCCCCAGCGGAAGCUGGAGCUCAUGAACAAGAUCAGAGCUUUCGCCGACGAGGCGCCCGUCAGGGACGCGCAGUACGCGGCAAAGCUGUCCUCUCUUGUCAAUAUCGCCGUGUCAGGUCUCCCGCCGGCUGAUACCUGGUCCUUCCGUUCCUUCAUUACGUCCCACACAAUGCAGAUCCGGGCGGUCAGCGACGACGCUUUCGCCGAGAUGCGCCAGCUGGUGUCAGAGGCUCAGAUGGUGGGCAUCCCCAUCGCCCGCGACGACGCCCUGCGCAUCCUACGCUCGAUAUUCGCAACGCCAGAAAUCAAGAGCAAGGACGGCGACGAUGGCCCCGCCCCGACAUUUCUGCACGAGCGUGCCGAGUUGGCCGCGGAGCUGCUGCAGACCAUGCACGAGCGCGGCAUGCCCGUCCUGGCCAAUGACGUCAUAACAUCCCUACAGAGCGGCCUCGCCGGCCCCGUCGCACACGACAGGACCAAGCCCCGGACCGACAACACACUUGUCGACGGCCAGCAGCAGGAGGGGCCGACGCCGGCAACUCCCCGUGCGCUCCGCGACGGCCUAGAGGACCUGCGGGCGCUGAGCGGCCUGCCGUGUCCGCCCGAGGCGGAGAUUCAGGCGCUGAUGGGGGCGCGGUCGGCGGCGGGAGACUUUGCGGGCUUCUGGGAAGCGUGGCGGCUGCCGGGGCGCCACGGGGCGCCGCGCUCCCCGGACCUUUACUGGUGGCUGUUCCGGCACGCGGCCGACCUGGGCCGCCCCGACGUGGCGCUCGAGGCGCUGCGCACCGCCGUGCCCCAGGCGCUGGCCGAGGCACCCGAGCCCGUCAGGUUCACCGGCACCCUGGGCGGCGCCGUCUGGGACUGCAUGGCCGUGCUCGACCCGCGCGCCCGCCAGCGCCGCGUCCCCGAGAUCGACGCCGCCGCCGAGUCCAGGCCCGACGCCGAGAUAUUGAGGAUGAUGAGGAUGUUGGCCCUGUGA